AUGUCGAGGCGCAAGCAAGCCAAACCGCAGCACAUCAACUCCGACGAGCCCGGAUCCGCAGAAAAUGGUAAUCAUCGAGAUGAUCAAUCUGAAGAGACUGGAAAUGAAAUGAAGCGGCUCAGAAUGGACGAGACGAGAAUCUGCAAGAAAUGUUGUGCAGAAUUCUUCGAUGAAGCAGAAUUCCUUGAGCAUGAGACAAAUUGCACUAAAAGCCAGCAAGUAGUCAUCAUGAAAGACGGAGACGGCAAUGACGUGCCAGAGGAAUAUUCACAAGGUUCUCCUGAAGGCCUCGGCAGUGACCACGACGACAGUCAGUCCAGCAGUCAUUCCCUAUCUCAUGCCACCGCAGAGCAGCUGGACAGAGCAGAGGAGGAGUCCAGCAUGAAUGCAGAGGACUCAGGACAACAGGAUCAUGGAGACGUGUCUGCUAGUCCUGACAUGGCUUUCCACCACUCGCCCAAAAUGCAUGAUUCAAAUGUCACACUCGAACCCAUUGCUGACACUAACGCAGCUGUCUCCCAACAUUCUUCAAAUCUAUCUCUGAGUACGUCAAAGGAAGCCCUUCAGGCCAUCCCGGUCAUCUUGGAACAGCUAGUGUGCCUCCAGCAACAGCAGCUACAGCAAAUCCAGCUCACAGAACAGAUCAGAAUCCAAGUAGCAAUGAUGACACCACAGGGUCUCCAGUCACCUGUAGGGGCAGCGAUGGACCCCCUGAAAGCCCUUGGUGCGCAUCUCUCUCAACAGCUGUCUGCUGCAGCAGCUCUCAUCGGAAAAAGGACCGGCAGUCAGAGCCUCUCCAUGGAGACGAUGAAGCAAGGUAAACUACCUCUCCCCCCUGGCAUCCCUACCUCUCUGAGUGCAGGACUGGGCUCAAUGAAUUCUAAAUCAGACAUUUUGAAGGGCGUUCCUGAUCUGGCCAGCCGUUUACCAGCCCUACUGCCUCAGUCACCAGUCGUCAUGGGUUUCCCAAGCACCUUUAGUGGGAUGCAAGCAGGAAUUGAGUCGUCUAAAAAAGUGAAGACGAAGAUGCUGAACCCCCCACCGGAAUCAAAAAAUGGGGACUCACUAUACAAGCACAAGUGUAGAUACUGCGGAAAGACCUUUGGCAAUGACAGUGCCCUCCAGAUUCACCUGCGUUCUCACACUGGAGAGAGGCCCUUCAAGUGUAACAUCUGUGGAAACCGCUUCACCACCAAAGGAAACCUCAAAGUGCAUUUCCAAAGGCAUAAGGAUAAAUAUCCUAACAUCAGCAUGAAUCCUCAUCCUGUACCAGAGCACCUUGACAAUAUUCCCACCAGCAGUGGCAUUCCCUUUGGUAUGUCUGUCCCCAUGGAGGAGUCAAACCUGACUGACAUUAAGCCCAUGCUAGGUCACCCAGCUGCUGGGUUCAACCCGUCGUCCAUACCAGGAUUCAAAACGUUUGAUGGUUUUGGGAGCGACCCAUUUUCCCAGAGGCCCUCCCCAUCAACAAGUGACUGCUCCCCGUCUGUGUUUGGCCAAGAAAUGGGACUGGAUCCCAACCAGAAGGACGCUAAAGAGCUGCUUGGAGCGCUGCAUCAUAUGAACGGUAAUGCCCUCACAGGAGAACAAAGUUCUGGAACAGCGAAACUUCAGCAGAUGGUGGAUGGCCUGGAAAAGAGGACCAACGACCCUAAUGAGUGUGUGAUCUGCCACAGGGUGCUCAGCUGCCAGAGCUCGCUCAAAAUGCAUUACCGCACACACACCGGUGAAAGGCCCUACAAGUGCAAAAUUUGUGGCCGUGCAUUCUCUACAAAAGGCAACCUCAAGGCUCAUUAUGGAGUGCACAGGGCCAACACUCCUCUUAAAAUGCAGCACUCAUGUCCCAUCUGCCAGAAGAAAUUCACCAAUGCUGUGGUUCUUCAGCAGCACAUUCGCAUGCACAUGGGUGGACAGAUCCCCAACACCCCAAUGCCAGAAAACCAGUUUGAAGCAGCAGCAGAAGCAAUGGAGCCAUCCCUGCCAGAGGAGAAACCAGUGGAUGCCAAUGAGUUUGAAGAAAGCAUGGAAGAACACGAGCUGGAGCAGAACUCCCAGAAGCCAAAUGAUACCUCGGAUUCACUCCCGUCUGCCUCUGAGGAACAGCCACAGAAGCUCGCAGCCCCUGCAGUGUUUUCCAGCCUCGAUGUUUUGAAGAAUCUCACCUCCGCUCUUGCACUGAAAAGACAGAGUAGCACCACUUCGGAGAGCGAGGGAACAUCCAAAGAAUCUCCACCAGCUCCCAGAGAGCAGGAAUAUCAGAAUGGUCGCAGUCCUGCAAUUUCUGACUCGGCCCCAUUAUUUCACUCCUCUUCCCCAGUGAACAACAUCGCAAACAAGUCUCCUGAGCGUGCUGUUGAUGAAUUUGCCCCAAAUGGGCCAAAACCAGAGUCUGAUGGUGCUCAAGAGGGAACUGAGUCAAGUGGAGCUCUUGACCUCACCGCUUCCAGCAGCUUCACUCCCAAAGCGAUUAAGGAAGAACCUGGGAUGCUGUAUACAAAUGGAGAAUAUGCUCCCAGCAACAUGUCUUUCAUGAGGAUACCAUCGAGUCUGGCCAGUCUGGAGAUGAAGAUUCCUCCGGAGAAUCCUCUGGGGUCUCACAGUUUGUUCAGCUCCCAUAUGCCUCAGGGAACAGCCAUGCCCUCUAUCUCCCCUGCACCACGCCGAUCAACCAAGCAGCACAUGUGCAACGCUUGUGGCAAGAACUUCUCAUCGGCCAGCGCCUUGCAGAUCCACGAGCGCACUCACACCGGGGAGAAGCCCUUUGCCUGCAACAUCUGUGGCAGGGCUUUCACCACCAAGGGAAAUCUAAAGGUGCAUAUUGGUACCCACAUGUGGAACAACUCAUCACGGCGCGGCCAGCGUCUGUCUCUGGAUAAUCCCAUGGCACUGAUGGCAAUGAGCUCCGAGGCGAAGAUGCUGCCAGAGAUCAUGCAGGCCCCCAAAGAGCUGGGGACUCCACCAAUCAACUUUGACCCAUCUCUGUGGAACCAGUACGCUGCUGCCUUCAGCGGCGGCCUGACUAUGAAGACCAAUGAGAUUUCUGUUAUCCAGGGAGGUGGCGUCCCGCUGCCGGGGAGUCCUGCCGGUGGCCCUCUGAUCGGAUCCACCGGAGGCCUCAUGAAGAUGGAUGGAUCCCACUCUGGCCUGCCUGCCUCCAUGGCUGAAAUUGAGAAGAACAGCUCCGACAGUGUGCCAAAAUCCCAGUUCCCACAUUUCAUGGAGGAGGGUAAAAUUGCAGUUAAUUAG